AUGUCCCCCCAGCAGGCCGAGGGGGCGCCGGACGGCCUGGCCGGGACGCUGCAGCUGCUCAAUGAGAAGGACACGCGCCUGCCCUGCUCCGCCAAGCUGCCCUUCGCGCUGGGGCCGGGGGCUCGCUCCGUGCAGCGCCUCGUGCUCCAGCUGCUGGUGCAGACCGACAAGCCGAUCUACACGCCGCGGCAGAGGGUUCAUUUCCGAGUCUUCGCCCUGGAUCAGUCGCUGCGGCCCACAAAUGAGCCGGUUGUCAUUUCUGUCCUGAACAGCCAGGGGCUGCAGGUGCGACGGGUGCAGCGAGUCCCUUUCAACUGGGUCAUUGCAGAUCAGCUCAGCAUCCCCGACAUCGCCCCCCCAGGCACGUGGCGCAUCAUAGCGCGGUUCGCCGAUGCCCUUGAGUCCAACACCAGUGCUGAGUUUGAGGUCAUGAAGUAUGUGCUCCCCAACUUCGAGGUGCGCCUGGUGCCUGACCGCAGCUUCCUGCUGGUGACGGAUGACAGCAGCAGUGACCUACAAAUCAACCUGCGCGUCAGGUUCACCUAUGGGAAGGGGGUGACGGGCGCUGCCUUCCUGCGCUUUGGCAUCAGCGACGGCACUGGCGGCCAUGUCUUCAUACGGGGGCUGGAGCAGCAGGUCACGGUGACAGAGGGGGAGGCGAGUGUGAUGCUGCGGCGUGCCCUGCUGGUGGAGAAGGUGGGGCGCCCCCUGCGGGACCUGGUGGGGACUCGCCUCUACAUCGCUGCCACCGUCAUUGAGACAGCCAGUGGGGAGAUGGAGGAGGCAGAGCUGAACUCAGUGCGGUUCGUGACGUCCCCAUGGACUGUGGACCUAGCAGGGACGGAGCGCCACUUCGUGCCUGGUGCCCCCUUCCCUGUGCUGGCCCGUGUGACGCAGGCUGACGGCUCCCCGGCCCCCCGGGUCCCCGUGCGGAUCACAGCCGAGGUCAUGGGGGAUGCAUCCCCACCCCCACUACCCCAGGAGCUGGUGGCCAAUGAGCAGGGGGUUGUGCUUCACCAGCUCAACCUGCCAGCCCGUGCCACCGCCCUCACUGUCACGGUGCAAGCAGGCACUAUCCACCCAGCUGUAACCUCACUGCGGGCCAAGGCAACGGAAGCACAGGCCGGGGGCUUCCUGCUCAUCCAGGCCCCCCGUGACCGCCCUGCUCGGCCUGGCACCACAGUAUCCGUGGUGCUCAAGGACAUCAGCCCUGUUGCCCCCUCCCACUUCUACUACCUGAUUGUCAGCCGUGGGGCUAUCGUCUCGGCCCACUGGGUGACCCGCAGCUACUCCACAGUCAUCUCGGUGCCCAUCACCCACGCACUAGUCCCGGCCUUCCGCCUCGUGGCCUACUACCACCUGAAUGGGCAGGUGGUGGCCAAUGCCGUCUGGAUCGAUGUGGAGGACUCCUGUGAGGGCAAGCUGGAGCUUGGUGUGGCAUCCCAGAGUGAGGCACUGCGGCCCCAUGAGACCCUGGCCCUCUCCAUCUCCACUGACACCCGUGCCUCAGUUUCCCUGGUGGAUGCCGACUCGGCUGUCUAUCUCUUGAACAGCCGCAACCGCCUCACAUCUGCAAAGGUGUUUGAGGCUCUGAAUGGCCAUGACCUGGGCUGCUCACCAGGGGGUGGAGCCAACACCCUGGGGGUCUUCACAGAUGCUGGCCUGGCCCUGCGUGCUGGGGACCUGCACAGCACCAUCCGGACGGGUCAUGGGUGCAGCAUGGAUGCCCCCCGGAAGAAGCGCUCACUCGACUUCCAGAGGAAGCUGCAGGAGAAGGCUGGGCGUUACCAGGGUGAUGAGCGGCUGCAGCGGUGUUGCCGGGAUGGACUGACAGCAGUACCCAUGCGGCGCUCGUGCGAGGACCGGGCUGCCCGUAUCCCCAGCUCUGCCACCCGCUGCCGCAGCGCCUUCCUUGACUGCUGCACCUUCGCCACCAACCUCCGGCGCCAGAAUUGGCUCCGCCGUCCCCCUGGGCUGGCCCGUGCCCAAGCCAUGGAGGACGAGAAUGAGUUCUUCGACGAUGACUUUCUUCAGCCACGGAGCGUCUUCCCUGAGAGCUGGCUCUGGAAGACCCUCACUGUGGAGGGCACCAGCCGGCAGAGCUUCCUGGUGCCCGACUCCAUCACCACGUGGGAGAUCCAGGCUGUCAGCAUGUCGCCCCGCACCGGACUGUGCGUCUCGUCCCCACUGCGUGUCCCGGUGACCCAGGACUUCCAUGUCUCACUGCGGCUGCCCUACAGCGUGCGGCGCUUCGAGCAGCUGCAGAUCACACCUGUGCUCUACAACCAUGGGCCUGAGCCCCUUGAUGUGCGAGUGCAGCUGGAACUGGAAGAGGGUAUUUGUGCACCUUCAGGGGGUGGGCAGCAGCAGGUGCAGGUGCCAAGCCAGGGGGCGCUGGCUGUGCCCUUUUCCCUGGUGCCCUUGGGGGCAGCUGACAUCCCCAUCACUGUCAGUGCCCGUGGGCAGUUCGGUGUUGGCGACAGCAUCACCCGCACCCUCCACGUUGAGAGAGAAGGGGCCCCCUGCUUGGAGGAGAUGACCUACUCACUGGACUCUGCUGAUGGGCACUUACGCUCCCUGGAGAUCCCGGGGCAAGUGCCAUCCAACGUGCUGCCCGACGGGGACUUCAAGAUGAGCGUCCGUGUCACAGCGGAUGAGGCAGGGGAUGUGCUGGAGAGUGCACUGUCACCCGAGGGGCUGUCGCGGCUGCUGCGGGUGCCAUAUGGUUGUGCGGAGCAGACCAUGUUCUUCAUGGCACCGGGGCUCUAUGCCAUGCGCUACCUGGAUGAGACAGAGCAGUGGGACCAACUUUCACCCGACCGCAAGGAGGAGGGGCUCCAGAACCUGCGCACUGGCUACGAGCGGAUCUUGACCUUCCGGAAAGAGGAUGGGUCCUAUGGGGCCUGGUUGACCCGGCCUAGCAGCACCUGGCUGACAGCAUUUGUGGUGCGGGUGCUGGCGCUGAGCCGGCAGUACCAGCCCGUGGAUGAGGUCGGGCUGCGUGGCUCCGUGCGCUGGCUUCUGCGGCACCAGCAGCCUGACGGUUCCUUCAAUGACCCCAAUCCCAUCAUCCACCGUGAGAUGCAGGGUGGUGUUGGGGGGCCGCAGGCCGUGGUGUCACUCACAGCCUUUGUGGCAGUGGCCCUGCGGCAGGCACUGGUGCUGUACGCAGCCCAGGAGCCCAACGACGAGCUAGAGGCUGCGCGGCUGGCAGAGCUACGCCAAGUGCGGGACAGCCUGGUCCUGGCCUGCCGUUACCUGGCGGGGGCGGGAGAAGGGCUGAGCCCCUACCCAGCUGCCAUCACAGCCUACGCCCUCUCGCUGGCCUCCAGUGACCGCGAUGCCAUUGCUGCUGCCAGUGCCCGCCUCCGCGCCCUUGUCACCACCUCCCAGGACGGGACACAGAUGUUUUGGGCAGCACAGGGUGAGGCCCAGGGGAUCUCGGCCACAGCGGUGACAGUGGAGGCCACGGCUUAUGCACUGCUGCAUCUGCUGCUGCAGAAUGACCUGACGAUUGCCCCGAAGGUCACCCGCUGGCUCACGGAGCAGAGGAACUAUGGUGGUGGCUUCAAGUCUACUCAGGACACAGUGGUGGCACUGGACGCCCUGUCCCAGUACUGGAUCAGCACCUACAAGCAAGAGGACAACGCCCUGGACGUCACUGUCUCCACCCCUGGCCGCAGUGGUGGCAAGAGGAUCCUGCUUGACCGCACCCAGAACCACAUCCAGGAGGAGCUGAAGUUCCCUCUCGGAUCCAACAUCCAUGUGAAGGUGGAAGGCAAAGGCAAAGGCAGCCUGACCGUGCUAAAGCAGUACAGCGUCUUGGACCUGCGGAACACAUCAUGCCAGAGCCUGGAGCUGGACGUCACUGUGACCGGUGCCAUCGACUACGAGGAUAUGGGGGACUAUAACUAUGACUAUGGGGAUGAAGCCCCGGCAGCUGAUGCCCCCCUCCACGCUAUCCACUGGUUUGAUGCCCGGCGCCGGCGCCGGAGAGACGCAGCCGACCGCAGUCAAAGGGAGAAGGAGGUUCACUACACGAUAUGCAUCCAGAGGAAGUCAGGGGUCCCGAUCUCAGGCAUGGCCAUUGCUGACAUCACCCUGCUCAGUGGCUUCCAGCCCCACACGGCUGAUCUGGACAAGCUGAAAGACCUGGUUGACCGCUACAUCAGCCACUAUGAGGUGCAGGGGCAGCGGCUCCUGCUCUAUUUCGAGACGGUGCCCAAGGCCCGAGACUGCGUGGGGUUCCGGGCACAGCAGACGGUGCCUGUGGGGAUGCUCCAGCCUGCGGCCGCCACCCUCUAUGACUUCUAUGAGCCAGGCCGGCAGUGCAGCGUGUUCUACAACGCCCCCAGUAGGAGCAAGUUCAUCUCAGCCCUCUGCUCUAAUGAUGUCUGCCAGUGUGCCGAAGGUGCCUGCUCCCGGAAGAAGCGAACGUUGGAUGACAAAGUGACAGAGGCUGAACGCACUGAGUUUGCCUGCUACAGCCCCCGGGUGCAGUAUGGGUACGAGGUGCAGGUGCUGAGGGAGGAAGACCAGAGUGGCUUCCGGGCCUAUGUGACGAAGGUGCUGGAGCCGCUGCAGUUCACCGGUGACGUGGGAGUGCAGGCGGGCCAGAGCCGCUGGUUCCUGGUCCGUGCCUCCUGCCGCCUGCGCCUGGCGUCUGGGCGCCGCUACCUGCUUAUGGGGCAGGAUGGGGAGACCCGUGACGCCCAGGGCCAGCUACGGUACCUGCUGGAGGAGGGCUCGUGGGUGGAGGAGCUGCCGGACGACCGGCGCUGCGAAGCCACGGCCUAUCGCAACCUGUGCGCCCAGCUCCACGCCUUCAAGGAGGCCUUCGGCCAGAACGGCUGCAAGGUCUGAGCCCCCCAGGAACGGGCUCGCCUGCACCCCCGACCGGGACUGGAUCAGGACCUGCUGGUGCCUGGAUCGGGACCACCGGUGCCCCCUGGACCGGGGCUGCUGCACCCUCCCCACUC